AUGGAUGACAAACGUAAUGUUGCAAAGGGUGAUGUUGUUCGAGCGUGGUGCUGCAAAUGCUCUGAAGAAGACAUAAUGUACGAACAACAACACAUGAUUUAUACAUCACUUUCAACAAUGAUUAUGGAAAGGGUGUCAAAUUUCGAAUUCUUUGAUUCUUUGAAAUUGAAAAUCGAAGAUCUUGAAGAACUUCUAGUUGAUUCUGCAUUCGUCGAGGUUCAGAGAAAAAAUUUCCGAACAAUGCCAACUGCAGAUCCUGAGACAUCUGAUCAAGACAGAGAACUGUUCGUUGAGGUUGAUCCAUCAGGAAGAUUUGGGAGAUACAGUGAUCUGUUAGGAGCUGGUGCAGUAAAGAAGGUGUACAGGGGAUUUGAUCAAGAAGAAGGAAGGGAUGUGGCAUGGAACCAAGUAAAACUAAGAAGCUUCGGUGGAGAUCCAUCUGUUCUCAAGAGACUGUUUUCAGAAAUCAAACUGUUACAGACAUUAGAGAAUGAAAACAUCAUUGUUCUUUACAGUUUCUGGAGGGAUACUAAAAACAGCACCUUGAAUUUCAUCACAGAGGCAUGUGCUUCAGGUAAUUUAAGGGAUUACAGGAAGAAACAUAGACGGGUUUCAUUGAAGGCAUUGAAGAAUUGGUCAAGACAGAUUUUGAGAGGCUUGGAGUAUCUUCAUAAUCAUGAGCCAUGUAUCAUUCAUAGAGAUCUUAAUUGCAGUAACAUCUUCAUCAAUGGAAACAUUGGAAAGGUCAAAAUCGGUGACCUAGGUUUAGCAGCAGUAGUAGGAAAAAACCACAACGCCCAUACACUACUAGGAACACCCGAGUACAUGGCUCCUGAGCUUUAUGAAGAAGACUACAACGAAUUAGUUGACAUUUACUCAUUUGGCAUGUGUCUUCUAGAAAUGGCCACAAUGGAAAUACCUUAUAGCGAAUGCGACAGUAUUGCUAAAAUAUACAGAAAGGUAACAAGUGGAGUAAUGCCUCAAGCAUUUAACAAAGUAACCGAUCUUGAACUAAAAUCAUUCAUUGAAAGAUGCAUUGGUCAACCACGGGUUAGACCCUCCGCCUCCGAUCUUCUUAAGGAUCCGUUUCUUAUGGAGGCUAAUAGUGAAGAGAGUGAUUGUAGUGUUUGAUGUGACAGAGACUGUCUGUUGGGAUACAGUUUAUACCUUUUCCUGUUAUAUAUAUAUAUAUAUAUGUUGUUAUGUUGUGUAUAUAUUAUGUAUAAUAUCGUGUGUUCUUUUAUUUUUUUUAUUUUUUGUAUUGGAUUCACAUCCGAUUAGUUGUUUUAUGUUCGUGAGAAAGAAGGGUUUCGAAUGGUUUGAGGUCGAUUCAUGAAUGUAAGGAUUUUAUUAGAAAUUAGGGCUUAUAAAGCUAGGGUUUGUACUUGUAUUCAUUCAAGUUUCAAGUGCUUUUGAUUCUUAUAAAAGUUUAUAGCAUAUUUUUGUGUGUUUUAUUAAAAAAAAUGUUUAUAUAAUAAAGAGCAAAAUAGUUAUUUUAUAUGAAGUUGCAUGAGGUGAAAGUGUGAAAAGUGGUACAACACCAUGGAGAAAAAUGCAAGUGUGAGGUUUAGGGAUCAAAAGUGUGAGAAAAUGGUGAGAUGGGGAUAAAAUUGCAAACGAAAGUGAGUAUGAAAUGAGGACAAAAUAAUUUGUUUACAUGCAUUAAACGGUUUGGUUGGGCGUGAGGAUUAUAGACAAAAGGCAAUGAAAAAGUGGGAUAUCACUUGGAUAAAAGUGCAAACAAAAUCUAGGUAUAUAAAUGACAUUGGACAAAAUAGUCAUCUUAUAUGUAUUUAACUAGAAUCUUACCAUCGCAAAAUGAUGAAAAAAAGGCAAGAAAUGUGGGAUGGAAAUGAGGGCAAAAUAGUCAUUUUACAUGCAUUUUCUUUCCAAACUACAUGGUGUGAUGUGAGGGUGGGGAUAAAAAACAUGACAAAAUGGUAACACAUGGAUAACAUAAGCAACAAAAAAUUGCAUACAAAGAUCAGAAAAAAUAGUCAUUUUACAUAUAUUUAACUGAAAUUAUGUGGCGUAAAAACUUGAC